AUGGCGGAAGGAGAGCCAAUCUAUCGAGAUUACCAGGCGGUUCGGCGACAGCUCGACAGUGCCAUCCGAGCGGAAGAGCAAGCCUUACUGAAACGGAUCCAGCAGGAAUAUGACGCUGUUGCCCCGAUGUCCGCAAUUCAACGGCAGCUGAAUGGUGAGGUCUCGGAGGAUGACGACGACCCUUUCCGCAUUGAGAUGGCUGAGAUCCGACUUGUCGAACGAUGCCAGAUCGCCGAAGUUGCCAUGCGUGAGCCGUCCACGUUCUCGGACCACCACGGGUUCAGCCUGCAUGUUCAGUUCGCAGUUGACAUGAUCGCGUGCAAACGAAGAGGACGUCCACGACCUCGAACACAGCACCCGCCAGAGAACAUCCCUAUCAGGGUCGUGGAGGACCCAACUCCCUCCGUCAAAUCAGAGCCAGAGAUCAAGCCUGAUCAGCCACUGCACUCCAGUGAUGUCAUCCCAUGUCCGGAUACUCAUAUGUGCUCGGAGAUCGUCCUGGAUGGGAAGAUGGCGUUCAAAGCACAUUCUGCAAAAGUGCAUGGGUUCAUUUUGUAG